AAUAAACUGAACAGACCCUGAUCACUGACUUUCAGCUCUCGGGGGCUUUCUACCCAGUUCUCCUUUUGUGGCCCAUGUGCUGCAUCCUCUGCUCUCAGUGUGCAACUGGCCCCCAACGCAAUGUGUGUUUGUCAAACCAUGGAAGUGGGGCAGUAUGGCAAGAACGCAAGUCGGGCCGGAGACCGGGGAGUCCUCCUGGAGCCCUUCAUCCACCAGGUGGGCGGACACAGCAGCAUGAUGCGCUACGACGACCACACUGUGUGCAAGCCCCUCAUCUCCCGGGAGCAGCGCUUCUAUGAGUCUCUCCCUCCUGAAAUGAAGGAGUUCACCCCUGAGUACAAAGGUGUGGUGUCAGUUUGUUUUGAGGGGGACAGUGAUGGUUACAUCAACCUGGUGGCCUAUCCUUAUGUGGAGAGUGAAACUGUGGAGCAGGAUGACACACCAGAGCGGGAGCAGCCUCGGCGCAAACACUCCCGCCGGAGUCUGCACCGGUCAGGCAGUGGCAGUGACCACAAGGAGGAGAAAACCAGCCUGCCCCUUGAGACCUCAGAGAGCUCCCAGGAGGCAAAAAGUCUGAAGGUGGAGCUGCACAGCCACUCAGAUGUCCCUUUCCAGAUGCUGGAUGGCAACAGUGGUCUGAGUUCUGAGAAGAUCAGCCACAACCCCUGGAGCCUACGCUGCCACAAGCAGCAGCUGAGUCGCAUGCGGUCUGAGUCCAAGGACCGAAAGCUCUACAAGUUCCUUCUGCUUGAGAAUGUGGUGCACCACUUCAAGUACCCUUGUGUACUGGACCUGAAAAUGGGCACCCGGCAGCAUGGCGACGAUGCAUCCGCUGAGAAGGCAGCCCGGCAGAUGAGGAAGUGUGAGCAGAGUACAUCCGCUACGCUUGGUGUCAGGGUUUGUGGCAUGCAGGUGUACCAGCUGGACACAGGGCAUUACCUUUGCAGAAACAAAUACUAUGGCCGUGGGCUCUCCAUCGAAGGCUUCCGCAACGCCCUCUACCAGUACCUCCACAACGGUCUGGACCUACGGCGUGACCUGUUUGAGCCCAUCUUGAGCAAACUGCGGGGCUUGAAAGCUGUGCUGGAGCGGCAGGCCUCCUAUCGAUUCUACUCCAGCUCCCUGCUGGUCAUCUAUGACGGCAAGGAGUGCCGGGCUGAGCCCUACCUGGACCGCUGGCCCGAGAUGCGUCUCAAGCACCUGGACACGGGGCUCCCAGAGGUGGCAUUACCUUGUGGUUCCAGCACCAGCCCCAGCAGCACCAGCCCCGAGGCAGGCCCCUCCUCUCCACCCAAGGUGGAUGUCCGCAUGAUUGACUUUGCACACAGCACGUUCAAGGGUUUCCGGGAUGACCCCACUGUGCAUGACGGGCCGGACCGAGGCUACGUAUUUGGCCUGGAAAAUCUCAUCAGCAUCAUGGAACAGAUGCGGGACGAGAACCAGUAGGCCCAGCUCUGGGUCCCCAGAACCCCUUCCUCUUCACCCACAGGCAGGGACCACUGCUCUGAACUUGCCAUGAGGACACACAGACUUUGCUUUUAAAGGGUUAUAUUUCUCUUUGGUGUAAACUAAAAGAAAUGUUUUUAGCUGUAGCCUGGAAUCCAUAUAUAUAUAUAUAUACAGUCAAAAGAGGGCAGAACACACAUCCUCUCAGCCAGGCUC